AUGGCUGAUAUCUACGACAAACAGAAGGAACAAGCUGAUGAAAAAAGAAAAAAGUUUAUCGAGGACUAUGAAGUUGGAGACGUAGUCGUACUUGAUGCUGGAAAUUUACCUACUGAGGUGGUGUCAGCGGUCUGUAAGACCAGGUUGCGACCUCGCGUAAUCGGUCAGUCUAAAGUUGUGGCUAAGAAGGGCCUAGCGUAUACGCUCAGCCAUCCACGCAAAAAGCGAACACACCCAGUGAUUUACGUCUACUUGCUUAAGCCUGAUCUUGAUCGGUCGCUGGUGGAUCACGAGACGCUUGCGCCGAAGGAGUCGAUGCCACAAGUCGAGGAAUCCUUAAGAGACGAUCCGUUUGACCUUCAAGACGCGCCAUUCGGUCACGCAGACCGAGCACGUCGUGCACUAACUCGUCGACGACGCGUCGAGUUCACCGACCAUCGCCUGAUCUUGUUGACGAGCAAAGGGAUGAACAGUGCCAUGUUGACGGUCUCCUGCAGCGACGUCGUCGCAACGAAUUGUCCGUGUGUCGUUGAAGCGUUUGAACGUCGUCUUCAGGGUCAGUCGAACCGUAUCUUUUCCCACGAGUCGGUGUGGGAGUGA